AUGGAGAAUACUCUUGUAAUAAAUUUAUUAGGUAAACGAUUUCCAAUCCCAUCACAGUUAGUUUUUCGAUAUCCACACACUUUACUUGGUAAUCAAGAAUUGCUGGCGAGAUAUUAUCGUACUGAUCGAAAUGAUUAUUAUUUCGAACGAAAUUCACUAUUAUUUCCGUAUAUUUUCACGUAUUAUACAUUAGACAAAAAAAUCUUCUGUCCACGCCAUAUUCCGUUGGAAUUGAUAAGGAAAGAAUGCGAGUUUUUUCAAUUGUCUCACUCGAAAAUCUAUCGUGAACUGACUCGCCUAGAAACCUAUCAAUAUUUUCCACGAAAUCUUCGCCGAACGUAUGAUUCCUUCCUAGAAAUUGUUCCUUUCGUCUCUGGUCUAGCAUUUCUACUGACUACGAGUAUGGAACGUCUAGAUAAUUUAUCUUCAUAUUCAUCCUGGUCAUUUAUCUAUUUCAUGGAACUGUUUAGCACGUUAUUUUUAUCGAGUACAGUGGUUUAUCAAAUGAUCUUUCUUGAAGAAGUUUUCCAAAGAAAAUCGUUUUUCAUUGAUCUCUUUUCCGUAAUAAUGAGUAUUGCUUCCAUUACAUUACAGACUGUCAUAACUAUUACUACUCAACGUUGGAUGUAUAUUAUCAUGCUCAUAUGCAGAAUCUUCCGUUUAAGUAUUGUCAUUGUUCAUUUACAAAUAUUGAGAUUGAUCGGUCAAACAUUUAUCCAAAAAUUCGAGACGAUUUCUAUCUUAGUUUUCCUCAAUUUGAUUCUUAUCAGUUCAUUUAGUGAAAUAGCAUUUGCAUUUGAACGACGGCAAGUCGAAGAUCAGAUGAAUCAUGCAACGAUGAAAACGCAUUUUGAUGCUUUUUGGUGGGCAACGUCUCUUAGUUUUUCUAUCGGUUUCGGGCACACAGACGCGCAUUCAACAUUGACAACGAUCGGAAGAUUUUGUAGUUAUAUGUUGACAUUCUUCGGUCUACUCUUCAAUGGUCUCAUCUUACAAGAAUUAAUUAAAGGAUUUCUAAAACUGUAUCGAGACGACAGACGAGAUCAAUGGAUUGAAUAA